AGAGUGAGUUCAAGGACAGCCAAGGCUGUUAAACAGAGAAAGAAAGCCUGUCUCAAAAAUAAGAGAGAGAGAGAGAGAGAGAGAGAGAGAGAGAAGAUUGCACUGGGGCUGAGGAGAUGGCUCAAUGGCUAAGAACUCUUCAACACUUCCUGUGCUUACAGGGGCCAAAAGUUAGAAUCCAAACCCCAUGUUGAGCAGCUCAUAACAUUCUAUCUCUGUGGGAACCGGCACACACAUCACCUACAUUCAUGCAACACACAUUAAAAAAUAAAAGCCCUAGAGUUUGGAGAGAUGGCUCAGUGAUGACUCAGUGGUUAAGAGCACUGACUGCUCUUCCAGAAGAUCCAGGUUCAAUUCCCAGGAGCCAAUGACAGCUUACAACUGUCUGUAACUCCAGUUUCAGGGGACCUGACACCCAUAGCAAAACACCAAUGAACAUAAAGUAAAAAUUUAAAAAAAUCCCCUGGAUUUUCUUGACUCUUUGUAACCCAUUUAAUUUUAGAAUUAGCGUGGCAAUUUACACCAAAAAAUGUGCUAGAAUUAUGAUCCUUCAGAUCUGUAAAUCACUUUGCAGAGAAUUACAUAUUGAAGUUUAUCAUCUUCCGGCAAGGAAUGUUCCUCCAUUUUAUCUAGUAGCUUUUGGUUUUCUAUGUAGAGGUCUUACACAUACCGUGUUAGAUUAAGACCUUGGUGGUGAAUAUGUCAAUAAACACCAAUGGUCUAUUUUUAAAAGUUCAAUCUUAAUUUUUUUCUUUUCUUUUUCACAACAAAAGCUUUGGCGCCUGUCCUGGAACUAACUCUAGUAGACCAGGCUGGCCUUCAACUCAGAGAUCCACCUGCCUCUACCACCUAAGUGCUGGGAUUAAAGGUAUGUGCCACCAUCGCCCAGCUCAAUCUUAAAUUUAAAAAAUGCCUUUACAUGGUUUAUUGUUCAUAUAUAAGGAUAUAGUCUACUUUGUAUGUUGACUGUGUAUCCAGCGUCCCUUCUAAAUUAGGCUACAAAUUCUAAGAGUUUUGCUCAUAGAUUCUUUUGGACUUUGUUCCUAUAACUGUGAUCUACCAGAAUGAUUUCUUUCUUUCCAAUCUGUAUGUGUACCUUUUCUUCUUGCACAAGCUAACAUCUGGUGCCACGUGGGACAGAAGAGACAGUUGCCCUGUUUCAGCACCAGCCUUGAGGAUAUCGCUCAGUAUUUCACUUUGAAUGGGGUGUUUGCUGGGGAUGGUUAAGGAUAUUCUUCACUAGGCUGAGGAAGUUGCUUUUUAGUUCUGAGCUGCUGUGACUUGUGGAGUUUUGUUUUGUGUGGGUUUUGUCUUUUUUUGGGGGGUUGUUUGUUUUUAUCACUCUAAGUAAGAAGCCCAAAGCCUCAUCAGAGCAGGCAAAUAUUCUCCCACUGAGUUGUAUCCCCAGCUCCAUGUUUCUUAAAAGUAAUAGAGAGGGGGUUAGAGUUGUAACUCAGAGGUGGAGUGCUUGUCAAACAAAGCAAAGCUCUGGGUUUGGGCCUCCACUCCAGACAGUAAAAUAGCAGGGAGAUGGCUCAGUGGUAAGAACGCUCCCUGCUUUAAGGGGACCAGAGUUCAGUUACUAGCUCCCAUGUCAGGAACUUUAUGGUCAAACCACUUAUAACUCCAGGUUUAGGGCAUCCUGAGUCUUUGGAGAUAUGCAAUUAUAUAAGUUUUCCACUUUAUUUUGUUUUUCUUUAAAUUUUUUUACAUUUAUUGUGUGUGUGUGUGUGUGUGUGUGUGUAUGCAGCGCAGUGCAUGUGUGGAGGUCAGAGGGCAACUUGCAGGAGAAUGCACAGGUUUGGAUUACCAAACCAGGAAAGUAAUUGAAAAACAAAUCUUGUAAUAUUUUAGUAAGUUUAUAGUUUUGUAUUGUGCUCUAUUCGUAGCUAUCUUGGUGUGCAUGCAGCCUGUGGGCACAGCUGGGACAUGCCUGGUAAUGCAUGCCAUGGACAUGAAACAGUCAGUACGGAUGCUCUGGGUUUUCCUCCUUCCUUCCCCAUACAGCACAGGCCACUUCUUCUUUCCCUUCCAGCUGUGGGGCCUCCACACAGAAGAGCACGGCCUGAGCCUGGUUCUGAGGACUCUACGCCCUCUCACUACCACCAGGCCACUUGCUCAGUUCUUCUGAGACAGCUUCACCAUCUCUGGCAGAAUGAAUGUCCUUGAUGGUGUCCCCUUUAAGGUACCUAACGGCCUUGUGAUGGACACAGAGCCCUACCCUGCUCCAGCUCCAGAGAUCAGUGUCCGGUACUGUAGAGAACUCCUCCUGGGCUCGAUGUAUGACUUCAGCCUGGAAAGGGAGGCUCUCUUCUGGGUGGAAGCAGCCAUCCGAGGACCUUGUCCCCAACAAUGCAAGGACUUGGGGAUGGCAUCAGCUCCUCCAGCCUGGUUCUUACUGGUCAGUCCAAAACACAGUCUGAUGCCUGCACCUGCUGAGAAGGAAGAGGGGGAGGAGGAAGAAGAAAUAGGGGAGAAGAGGGAUGAGGACGAUGCUUCCUCUGCCAGCGAGGAGGAGAUGGGCUCCAGCAGCCCUCAGCCUGGCUCCCCUACAGCCCGUCGCCGCUGCUCGCUGGAUGUGCUGCGAAACAUAAAGUCUGAGUUUGUUGGUGCCCGGCGACGGCUCUCGGAGAGCAGACUAGCCUCGUGUCCUCGAGCCCUUCUGCACCGCUUCCGAGGCCACCGCACUCUGAGCUUGAGUGCCAGCCUGGCGCCAGCCCCUGACCCAGCACCGCAGCCCCCCAGUGAACCUGUGCUGCCUCCACGACCCUCUACCGCCGGCGCUAUGCCUCCACUGCGGAGCCACAAGCCCACUGUCGCUUCCCUCAGCCCAUACACCUGCUUGCCACCUCUCAGUGGGACACUCCAGCCCCUCAACUCCUAUAGAUUGCUUCCUGAUUCAGCAAAUGACCUACUGUCUGCCCUGACCAAAGAGGAGCAAGACCUCAUCUGGCCAGUGGUCGCUUUGGGCUAUCCCCUGGGAAGGGCCAUUGUGGCUCUGCAGAAGACAGGAAGGCAGAGCCUAAGCCAGUUUCUCGGCUACCUCGGUGCCUGUGAGAGGCUGCUGCGGCAGGGCUACGAUGAGGCCCUGGUGGAUGAGGCCAUGGAGAUGUUCCAGUUCUCCGAGCACCAGGCAGGGGAGUUCCUGCGACUCUGGCAGCAGUUCAGUGACAUGGGCUUCCAGCAAGACCGGAUCAAGGAGGUGCUGUUGGUCCACGGCAAUCAGCGUGAACAAGCCCUGGAAGAGCUGGUAGCCUGUGCCCAGUGACAAGCCAGGACACUCUGUGAUGGAUGGCUGACCAGUGAAG